CAUCACAUUAUUUCAUAUACAGACAGUGAAAUUAAAACUAUGGCUUAUACUUGCAAUUUUCCUGAUAUAUACUCCUGGAUUCAGAACUUACCACCAUUUUCUCGAUGGAAAACUGACACAAUUUCAAUUUGCAUUUCUCCUUCAUGUUCAUAUCAACCUUCACUCAAACUCUCCGUAGCCAAGAAUUACCAUUUUUCCGUUACUGCGGAUUACAAUCUUCCUAUUUCCCUAUGGACCUCGAAACCACUAAAAAUAAAGCACAAUUCAACAAAAUUAUUAGACGACGAGUCAGUAUUCAGUCUCUUUAUCAAUUUUGUUCAGGACGUCCUUCAUUAUGGUCCGAACAAAAAUUCUUCGUCCUUCCUCAAGAUUCCGCGAAUGGAUUUGAAUAAUUCCGGUUUUAAGGAAAUUUUCAAUUUCUCAUUUUUAACUCUGGCUUUCAUAAUUUGUAUAUAUGAAGCGCCUGCUGAUCUCAGGUCCACAUGUGUUAUUGCCCUGAAGAAUCAAUUUUCAUGUUCACAAUCUAGGGAAGCGUCAAAAUUGCUUGUGAGAAUUUUGGGAACGAAUACUGAAGAGCAAUGGAUGCGUUCAGUAAAUUUGGCGAUAACUAAUUGGAUCAUGGAAAUUCAUUCUUCUUCGAAUCAUCCUAUGAAAACGCCAUGUCGGUUGUUUUCAUACUCAUUUUCGACACAAGGGCUAUGGAAAGUCCAGUUGUAUUGCCCUGUUAUUGCAAUGGAAGUUGAAACAUCUACUGCUAGUAGUUUAUCUGAUGAUUUGAGGUUUUCACUCAACUUUCAUCAGGUUGAAGGAGUGAUUCAAUUGAAUUAUAAAGUUAUAGUUCGAGAAAAGUGGAUUGAAGUGAUGGUGAACACCGAUAAUAUUAGGUGUGAUGUUGUUAGGCUAGUGAAUGAAUCACUAAUGGCAGAGAGAGGAGCUGGGAUAUCAGAGAAGCAUUUCCCUUCAAGAAUUUCAUUGCAACUAACUCCAACACUUCAAUCCAAUGUGUUGAGCAUAUCAGUAAACAAAUCCUCUGAUAAUCCCUUAAGAGAAAUUAACAUGGAAAAGACCAUUGAAGCAGGAUUCGAUCCACCAAACUCCUACAUGGGCCUAAAAGUCUCCGCGGGAGAGACAGUUGUUACGAGCAUGAAGCCGUGGAAAUUUGAGCAAUCUGUUAACGGAGACGGUGCAAAUUUGAAUUGGUUUCUUCAUGAUGCGGGGAAUGGGAGAGAGGUAUUUUCGUCAAAGCCUUCUGUUUUUUCGCUUAUUCAACCAAAGGCUUGGUUCAAGAACAGAUAUUCAAGUGUUUAUAGGCCAUUUACUAAGCAAGGAGGGGUAAUUUUUGCUGGAGAUGAGUAUGGGGAAAGUGUGUGUUGGAAAGUGGACAAAAGGGCUAUAGGGAAAACAAUGGAGUGGGAAUUGAAAGGGAGAGUUUGGUUAACUUAUUGGCCAAAUAAACACAUAACUUCUUAUGCUGAGACUAGAAGGUUGGAAUUUAGAGAAGUGCUUCAUCUCAAUCUUGCUUAGUUAUAAUUGUUGUAUUGAUUAUCAAAAUAAUGCUUGCGUCGGGGUAGGUUGUCUACUCGCGCCCACUUGAAGUGCGGUCCUUUUUCGGAUGCUUUGUGAACGCAAAACACUUCGUAUGCCAGGCUGUCCUUUUAUUGAUUACCAAAAUGUAUUUGUGUGUUGCAUAGUCAUAUUUGUUGUAUUGAUUAUAAAAAUGAUGCUUGCAUCAGA